AUGCCUUCUUGGAUUCCGGCUGUGAUUCUUCCUCUCUCCGGGCUGCUUCUGUCCCUCCCGGCCGCCGCGGACGUGAAGGCUCGGAGCUGCAACGAGGUCCGCCAGGCUUACGGUGCCAAGGGAUUCAGCCUAACGGACAUCCCCUACCAGGAGAUCGCAGGGGAGCACCUCCGCAUCUGCCCUCAGGAAUACACGUGCUGUACCACAGAAAUGGAAGACAAGUUAAGCCAACAGAGCAAACUCGAGUUUGAGAACCUUGUGGAAGAGACGAGUCAUUUUGUGCGAACUACGUUCGUGUCAAGGCACAAGAAGUUUGAUGAAUUUUUCCGGGAGCUGCUGGAGAAUGCAGAGAAGUCCCUAAAUGACAUGUUCGUCCGGACCUACGGCAUGCUGUACAUGCAGAAUUCGGAGGUGUUUCAGGACCUCUUCACUGAGCUGAAAAGAUACUACACAGGGGGUAACGUCAACCUGGAGGAGAUGCUCAAUGACUUCUGGGCUCGGCUCCUGGAGCGGAUGUUCCAGCUGAUAAACCCCCAGUAUCACUUCAGCGAGGACUACCUGGAAUGCGUGAGCAAGUACACCGACCAGCUGAAGCCCUUCGGGGAUGUGCCACGGAAACUCAAGAUCCAGGUCACGCGCGCUUUCAUUGCGGCUCGCACCUUCGUCCAGGGCCUGACAGUGGGCAGAGAAGUUGCCAACCGAGUUUCCAAGGUGAGCCCCACCCCCGGGUGCAUCCGGGCUCUCAUGAAGAUGCUGUACUGCCCAUACUGCCGAGGCUUGCCUACCGUGAGACCUUGCAACAACUACUGUCUCAACGUCAUGAAGGGCUGUCUAGCCAACCAGGCGGAUUUGGACACUGAGUGGAAUCUCUUCAUAGAUGCAAUGCUCUUGGUGGCAGAGCGACUGGAAGGACCAUUCAACAUCGAGUCCGUCAUGGAUCCCAUAGAUGUGAAGAUCUCCGAAGCCAUUAUGAACAUGCAGGAAAACAGCAUGCAGGUGUCGGCAAAGGUCUUCCAGGGCUGCGGCCAGCCCAAACCUGCUCCGGCUCUCAGGUCUGCUCGCUCAGCCCCAGAAAAUUUUAACCCACGUUUUCGGCCCUACAACCCCGAGGAACGACCCACCACGGCCGCAGGCACGAGCUUGGACCGGCUGGUCACAGACAUCAAGGAAAAACUGAAGCUCUCUAAAAAGGUCUGGUCGACGUUGCCCUACACCAUCUGCAAGGACGAGAGGGUGACAGCGGGCACAUCCAACGAGGAGGAGUGCUGGAACGGGCACAGCAAAGCCAGAUACCUGCCUGAGAUCAUGAACGAUGGGCUGACCAACCAAAUCAACAAUCCUGAGGUGGAGGUGGACAUCACCCGGCCCGACACCUUCAUCAGACAGCAGAUCAUGGCUCUCCGCGUGAUGACCAACAAACUGAAGAAUGCGUACAAUGGCAAUGAUGUCAACUUCCAAGACACAAGUGAUGAAUCCAGCGGCUCAGGCAGUGGCAGCGGGUGCAUGGAUGACGUGUGUCCCACGGAGUUCGAGUUUGUCACCACCGAGGCCCCUGCGGUGGACCCUGACCGGAGAGAAGAGGAAUCUUCGGCGGCGGCCGCGCAGGGCAGCUACUCACUUCUUUCCUGGUCUCUGGUCUGCAUGGUCCUCGCCCUGCAGAGACUAUACAGAUAAUCGCCGGCUUUGGUCAAAUGAAACUGCAUUUUAGCUCUUCAGUGGCCAACUCCCCUCUUUUCUUACACUCUUGGACAACGGACCAUGCCACAAAAACUCGCCGUUUUCUAUGACCAGAGAGCAGUGUUGCAACCUGCCUCCGUUUUUGUUUUCCCAAAGAGCACCGGGUGCCAGAGGAUCGGCUUCUUUCCUUCAGCUCUCUCUGGGGACCUUGUUUAUUCCAGAGAGAAUUCUUACUCAAAUCUUUCGUACCAAGAGAUUUUUUUUCUUACCGUCAUUUGCUUUUAUGCUGCAAAAUUAAAGGGAUUUCACGUUGUGAGGGUUCUUUUUUUCCUAACACCCCACUUAAAAUAAAAUAAGAUAGGAAGAAAAUAAUUUUCCUUUUCAAAUCAGGCCAAACCCCAAGACAACUGCCUUUUCAACAAGCAAGCAAAUAAAGGAACUCUCAUGCUACCGGGCUUGGCAGCCCUGGGGCAAGCUUUCCUGUGACAAGCCAAGUUUACAAAAUGCUUAUGAGGAGGAAGCGUAACAUUUUUUUUAAUGUAGUGGAAACACGCUGUUGUCUUGGAGGUAUUGUCUUGCACUCUGCCCAAAAUGAUUUGGAGGUACUAAUAGUAAAUUUAGGAUUCUGUCUUUAUAUGAGUAGUAAUCUUACAGCAACUCAAUGCCUCUCUUUCACCUGCCUGAUGCCAUGUUCACUGACGGCAGUAUUUUCUCACUCUCCUGACACCUGUCCACUGUACCCAAUUGGCACCAGUUGUCUUCAGUUCUUCACGGAUGCCCCUGUCAAGUCUCAUUUCUCCUGGGUCUUGACUAAAAAACAAAAAACAAAAAAACAAAAAAAUUAUCUUCAUUGGUACAGUCUCGACUUUCGCCACCAGUCUGAUGUGAAUUAGACCUCAUAGUUCCUCUGUCCUGACUGUCCCCCAGAUAAGAGUUCUCUCACUGACAUGAUAAUUAGCUCCACACAUGAGUUUCUGUUCUGGACUCUUUGAUUUGUGUCAAUUGGUUUCAGCAUUACAAGGGCAUUCUCUUGCAAAAUGACUCACAACAACAAAAAAACUCAAGACAAAAAAAAGAGAGAGAAAAAAAAACACUAUAUAUAUAGUACUGACAUGGAGAUUUCGUUCACUUUUUUAGUCUUAGUAAUGAUCAUCUAUUUUUAUAUCAAUAUAUAUAUAUAUAAAUCACAGAUUUUAACUUCUUAAUUCCAAGCUCAGGGUUGACACUCCUUUGUAACAAAACUGUUCUGUCAACCAGGUCUUCUUGUUUUGUGGGGCUCAGAGAAGGGACUCCUCAAUGAUCUGUGAGCACCAAGAAAUCAAGAAAGAGAACUUUUUAUGUAUCUAACUGUCCAUCUAGUCCAAGUUUGCCAGGGCACACCCUUCUCACACAAGUUUGCUCUGUCCCUGUGCUCCAAACUGUCCUGAGCUCAGGGGAUGAGCCCUGGUGUACAGGACGUUACUGGCAAUGGAAUGCGUAUGUGUAAAGAAUGAAAAACCAUUGCUCUCAAGUACAACACCUCUGGCCUAGGACUCCUGCUGGGGACUACAGUAAAUGACCUAAACUCAAGAGGCCAAUUCUAACUGACCCACAAAGUCAGGCUCAGUGCCCCGCCCAGCAGAGAGAAGCAAAGCAAACCAAACUGGGGUUUUUUGAAGACAGUUGGCUAGCCAUGUGGUUUUGGUUUUGAGGGGAGGGUUAUUCGUUUUGUUCUGUUUUGGGUUUUGGUUUUUACAAUGCAUCUGCAUUAGAGAGAAGAAAUGAUUUCAAGACACCACGGCACGCCAAUCGCAUCUUAACUGGCUCAUCGACAGUGUUGACACAUAGAUGGUUCUAGCUCUAUUUUCACCAAAAAUGAAAUUAGUUAUCGAUUUAGUCACCAUGUCUAAGUAGAACACAUGCACUAGUAUUAAGCAUAUUUGAGCACUUUUGAAAAACAAAACAUCUUUACCCACAACGGUUGCUACUGUAUGCCUAACAGAAUAUGAAGUGUAGGAUUCUGAGAGACUUUGUGGCAUCUUUCGCUUCAGUUUGUGUGAAAUUAAUCCUUAGUCAAAUCCAGAAUUGCAUCCCUCUGGAAAACCACCCAGUUCACUGCCCCCCUUCGGCUUUUAGUCACCAUUCACACAUAACAUCUCCACGAAGGACCAGUCAUUUACGUUACUCAGCUCACUGUAUGUUCAGAAAUCAGUAUUGUUCGUCUCCAAAAAUUAUGGUGCGAUACAAAUUAAACCAAUGUUGAUUCUCGAGGAUAUCUGAGUAAUAAUUUUUAUGAUGGAACAUGAAGCUCCCUCUUCCUUUUAGAAAUAUUUCUACAUUAUAUUAUUUCUAUAACAUCCAUCAAGAUUCUUAUUUUUUACUAUGCUUUUGACUCCACAUGGGUUUUUUUUUCAUUGCACACGACAACACAUUACAUUAAUGAGCGUGAGCCCAUGUUCUGUGCACACUAUUCACACAGCUACUAUAAAAACACUUGCUUCCUUCGUUCCAACACCUAUAUUCUCAAAGGUAUCCCUACUGACAAGAUCUACCAGGCGAGAGUUGGAAUGAGACUCGGCCAACUAAGCCACAUCAUUCGUCACCUUGCACAGACAUGGUCAAAAUAUCAUUCACUUGAACUUCCUGGUUUUUGUAGUCAUUCAUCAUAUGAGUUUUAGAGUAAUUUAAUGCUAAGGUGUUUUGUUGUUUUUUUCUGUUCCCUCGGCCUUUUCAUUGAGUUUCCCCUUUUCAGUACUGUAGAAUCCUCCUCGCAAACUUGCUUUCUCAUUUUAGCAGAGUGAUAGGGGGUGUGUUCAUUCUCCAUCGCCACUCGUAGCCUCCCCUCAUUUGUGAAGAUGUCCCCUAAAUUCCAUAAUCACAUCACAACUUGUGUUAUGAGUAGAGAGGAAUGGGACCCCAAAAUUGGACACUAGAAAUUGGUGGGUGGUGCUCAUAACUGCAAACACUUAGCUUAUUGAAGUGCCUCUAUUUACAUGUUCUUUAGUUAUAAUAUGUAUUUUUCUAACAGAAAUACACGUCUGUAAUUGAUGUUUAUUAUACUUUGUAUAUGUUACAACAAAGGCUACAUGGAGGCUAAUGUCUUUAGCAGAGAAGAACGAACCAUAAAUUUAUGAAUAGGAGCCUGGAUUGACAGCCAUGAGUCAGCCUUCUGUCAUUGCAGUGAAGGCCAAGUUGGCACUUUGACUACACCAUCGAAGACUGUAGCGCUGGAAGUCUGACUCCCUUACCAUGAUUCGCCCAAGGAGGAAGGUGCCACGAAACACCUCCUCAAGUGUAAGGGGUAGAAGCUACUUUUGUCUACACUGAAAAACACGAUUCAUUGAUGAGCGGUACUAAUUUUGAAAGGAGCAUUCUUUAAAUCAAACACAUUGAAAAUAUUGUUGAAUGCAGAACCAUGAAUCCUGAGUUCCAUUCCCUGCUAGAGACAUCAGCCUUCUUCAAUUCUUCUUGCCAUUACACACAUAUUUGGCUACAGACUAAGCACCAACUUAAGUCCUCAAGGAGGAAUACAACUUGGUAAAAAUCAUUGCUUGCGAUUCUUUUUUCACCUCUUUCUGCAAGGCUAUCAGGUAGUUUGACUUCAGGUUUCAAGUCUUAAGAGACACAGGAUUUGACUUCUCCAAACACCUGCAGAUACUCAAGCUCGUUUUCUUUGAUUUACAAUUGCUAACACAUUUAAAUUUAAAAAAAAAAAAUGUAGCCUUGCAACCCGAAGAGGAAAGUAGUCCAUAAGUUCUAAACCCGCAAUGUGUUCCUCCUUGGUAGAGACACUAGCCAGUGCUUAGUUUUAGGCCAACUUCUACAAAUAGAGUACUGAUUUGUACGCACUCUGGAGACUUGCUCUGUCAUGAUUUGCUGCAGCCCAGAUUCAGCUUAGCGUGGGAAUGCUUGGAACUUCACUGGGAGUGGAGUGGAUACUGGAAUCAUUGGCGUGGCCUUGUAAUGGCGGACUCCGUGAGCAACACCUGAUGAAGGCACCACAGUGUAGUCUCUGUGCGCAUAGACAGAACACAUAUGCGGGAGAAAUGUGUGCACCAAUCAAACCUAAAAUUUUAUGUGACUGUCAAAUGACUAUUAUUUGGGUUAAGAUUUUUUCAUUUCUGAUUUGGAUAGAAAAUUGCUAUUAAUCUUGUAUUAAAAUAGUUUUUAAAAAUCUA